UCCUUGUGCCCUAAGCACGGGAGAGCGAGUGAGCACGAGAGAGGGUAAGAGAGAGGGAGAGAGAGAGGGAGGAGAGCUAGCGCGUCAGUCAACUGCAGUAAGCAGAGGACAGCGGUAGCAGUCCAAACGGUGGCUGACGUUCUCUAUUGUUCAGCCACAACAUUCUCCCGUUUGUAGUCAAGCAGAGGAGCAGAAGAGCAGGAGAUCUCCCACAUGCACCGUUCCUAAAGGGAACACCGACUCCAGGCGUCCAAACUCUUUCCGUCUGUGGUGCUGAAGUUCUUUCUCUGCUCUCGGCCAGGUGUCUCGUCCUCCUGAACGAGUGGAUUUUAUCGGAUUCGGGGAAGCCAUGGGACUUGGGGUUAGGGGUGCAAGGACAUCGUUCCUGUGUUUAUGGAGGUUAUUUUUACUGCUCUAUGGCGUCUGGAGCGCUCGAGCCCAAACGUCAGGGGACGAGAAGUCGCUGUACUUCUGGGAGACAGGUCCAUGGGGCAGGUGUAUGGGCAGCGAGUGCGGUCCAGGUGGGAGUCAGAGUCGUGCCGUAUGGUGCGCUCACGUGGAGGGCUGGACCACCCUUCACACCAACUGCCCUCAGUCCACGCGGCCGGCAAACCAACAGAGCUGCUUUCGCGUCUGCGACUGGCACAAGGAUCUGUACGACUGGCAGCUGGGUUCGUGGAACCAGUGAGUUCCCAUAUCUUUGCGGACAGGUGCCGGACGUGCUGGCUUAUGUUUGCAAGGCGAAGAGGGCAUCCAAACACGGGAGGUAAACUGUACGCUCAAGGCGGAUGGGUCGCCGGCCGACGAUGCCAUCUGUGAGUACUUUGAACCCAAACCCCGACAGGAACAAGCCUGUCUCAUCCCCUGCCCUCAGGACUGCGUGGUGACCGAGUUUACCCCAUGGACCAACUGCUCCAAGACCUGCGGGCUGGGUCUGCAAAACCGUGUGCGCUCCGUGUUGGCGCCGCCGCUUUUCGGCGGUCUUCCCUGCCCCAAUCUGACGGAAUUCCAGACAUGUGCGCCCAGGGCCUGCGAGGGCAGAGAGACGGUGUUCAAUCUGAGAGUGGGUGGAUGGAGAGAGUGCAAACUGCCCCUGCAACCUCCGGUGCCACCGACCGCAUCCUCCCCCGCUCCCCCACGUGCCGUCCGCCAGGCACGACGGCGGAAAGGCAAAGCAAAGAAAGGAAACAGAGACCCAGAGAUGCGUGAACUUAUCAAGAACAAGAGGAACCGCAACCGGAUGAACCGACCAGGUGGCGAUCUCUGGAAUAUCGAAGUCGGCUAUCAGUUUCGACAGGUGGUUUGCGUCCAUCGCAAUGGAAGUACAGUAUCACUCAGCCAGUGUCCCCACUGGAGCCUUCCGGAAACGUAUCAGUCCUGCACGAUGCCCAAAGACUGUGCCGUCAGUGAAUGGAGCCCGUGGGGCAACUGCUCCAAGACCUGCACCGACCCCAGCGUUUCAAAGGGCACACGCUCUCGCAGCAGACAGGUGGCGCAGCUUCCGGUUGGAGGGGGGACGGAGUGCCCCCAGAUAGAGGAACGUUAUGCCUGUGAGCCCGAGGGGCCCGGGGUGCCACCCUGUGCCACUUAUGCCUGGCGGACCACAGAAUGGAGCGAGUGUCGUGUUGAUGCGCUGCUUGGUCAGCAGGACCGGCGACGGGUCAAUCAGACCGGCCUGUGUGGUGGAGGCGUUCAGAGCAGAGAGGUCUACUGCAUCCAGGCCAAUGCUGAACUACUCAACUACAUCAAUAACAAUAAAGACAAACAAGAUGGCCAGUCUGGAAACGGUCAGACGCCUAGUGCCCCUCCCCUCCUGUCCGUCAGCUUUGAGAUCUCAGCGUCACAGCCCAUGUACAGCCGCUUGUGCGAGGGAUCCAGUCCAAGCACCACGCAGAUGUGCCACAUCCCGUGUCCUGUGGAGUGUGAGCUGUCGCCGUGGGGCGCCUGGGGGCCCUGCACCUUUGAGAAUUGUGAUGAGCCGGUCAUAAAGAAAGGAUUCAAGUUUAGGCGGCGAAACAUUACUAAUAACCCCACGGGUGGCGAGGGGUGCUGUCCUCACCUGGUGGAGGCCGUCCCGUGUGAAGAUCCCAGCUGUUUUACCUGGCAGCUGGUCAAACUGAAGGAGUGUGUUCCUGAAGACAAUAUGGAUUGUGGAGAGGGAACCCAGAAUCCACAGGUCCGCUGCAUCAACAGUGAAGGUAAAGAGGUGGAAAGGGAGAUGUGUGUUGAUGGCGUCUAUCCUGCACCUGCGCCCUGUACCGUCCCGUGUCCUAAAGACUGCGCUCUCAGUAUCUGGACCCAGUGGUCCACCUGUUCCCAGACUUGCUCCAGCAAAACCGCAGAGGGCAAACAGAUGAGAACCCGUGCCAUACUGGCUUACAAUGCAGGAGAAGUGACAUCAAUGGUAGUGGCGUGGAUAACAGUUAUGGAGGGUCUUACGAGGGUCCCCAAGUUUCCAGAGCUCUACGGAGGUGCCAGCUGUCCGAACAGCAGCUCCCUGCAAGAGGUGCGCAACUGUAACGAACAUCCCUGCGUGGUGUAUCACUGGCAGGCAGGUCCAUGGGGACAGUGUGUGGAGGACACCAGCACAUCCACCCUCAACACCUCCUCCACUGCGGGCAAAGCCACCUGCGCCAUGGGAAUGCAGACACGCAAGGUCAUCUGCGUUAAAGUCAACGUCGGACAGGUGCCGCCCAAAAAAUGACCAGAUGCCCCUCGUCCAGAGACGGUACGACCUUGUCUGCUACCAUGUAAGAAAGACUGUAUAGUAACACCCUUCAGUAACUGGACACAGUGCCCAACGUCCUGUGAAGCAGGUGCGAAUGGGCAGAAUAGUAAACAGACUCGCUAUCGAGUGAUCAUCCAGAUGCCUGCUAAUGGAGGUCAGGAGUGUCCAGACGUCCUUUAUGAAGAGAAAGACUGUGGCACUCCAUCUGUCUGUCCAGGUUACAGAUGGAAAACACACAAGUGGCGAAAAUGUCAACUGGUGCCGUGGAGCAUCCGCAGGGACAGUAGAGGAGCACAGGAGAACUGCGGGGCUGGAGUCCAAACACGAGCUAUCUCAUGUAGGCAGCUGGAUGGUACAUUGGUGGAUGUCGCGCACUGUCUGAGGUUUGCCAACACUAUGCCCGCUGUAAGCCAGUCCUGCCAGUUACCCUGCAGAGACGACUGCCAGCUCACCAACUGGUCCAAGUUCUCUCCCUGCAGCUCGGACUGCGUUGGGGUUCGAACGCGGAAGAGAGUUCUCGUCGGAAAAAGCAAGAAGAAGGAUGAAUGUAAGAACAGCCAGAUGUACCCGCUGAGCGAGACCCAGUACUGCCCGUGUGACAAAUACAACGCCCAACCGGUGGGGAACUGGUCCGACUGCAUUCUGCCCGAGGGCCGCGUGGAAAGCGCUCUGGGCAUGAAGGUCCAGGGAGAUGUUAAGGAGUGCGGGCAGGGCUACCGAUACCAGGCCAUGGUGUGCUACGAUCAAGACAACAGGCUUGUGGAGACGUCACGCUGUAACAGUCACGGUUAUAUAGAAGAGGCUUGUAUCGUUCCCUGUCCCUCCGACUGCAAACUCAGCGAAUGGUCCAACUGGUCACGCUGCAGCAAAUCCUGUGGCAGUGGGGUCAAAGUUCGCUCCAAGUGGCUCAGAGAAAAGCCAUACAAUGGAGGGCGACCCUGUCCGAAACUAGACCACCUCAACCAGGCGCAGGUCUAUGAGGUGGUGCCGUGCGUCAGCGACUGCAGUCAGUAUGUUUGGGUGGCAGAACCCUGGAGCGUGUGGAAAGUGAGUAAUGUGGACCUGAAGGAGAACUGCGGUGAGGGCGUGCAGACCAGAAGAGUCAGGUGUAUGUUAAACACAGCGGACGGCCCAACCGACGGGGUGGAUGAUUACCUGUGUGAUCCAGAGGAGAUGCCGCUGGGUACGAGGGAAAGCCGACUGCCCUGCCCAGAGGACUGCGUGCUAUCCGACUGGACUCCCUGGACCCCAUGUGACUUGCCGUGUACUGGAAGAGACGAUCGUGAGAGGACCGCCUUCGCCCUGCGACUGCCUAAAGAGGGAGAGGAUUGUCCGGUUAGCAUGCAGACCGAGCCUUGCCUCCUGAACCGCAACUGUUUUCACUACAGUUAUAACAUCACAGACUGGAGCACAUGCCAGUUAAAUGCCAACGCUGUGUGUGGAGUGGGUCUGAAGACAAGGAUGCUGGACUGCGUUAGAAGUGACGGCAAAUCCGUUGACCUCAAGUACUGUCAAAAGCUGGGCUUGGAGAGGAAAUGGCAGAUGAACGCCUCCUGUACGGUGGAGUGUCCAGUCAACUGCCAGCUCUCUGAUUGGUCAGCCUGGACAGACUGCUCCCAGACCUGUGGCCUCGAUGGGAAGAUGUGGCGCAGACGGACAGUGCUCCAGGCAUCUCAGGGAGACGGCAGGCCGUGUCCGUCCCAGAUGGAGCAGUGGAAGCCGUGUCCUGUUCAGCCCUGUUACAGAUGGCAGUACGGCCCCUGGUCAGAGUGUCGUGUUGAGGAGGUGGUGUGCGGGGUGGGCCUUCGUUUCCGGAACCUGUCGUGCUUUGUAUCUGAUGGAUCCAGCGAGGGGAAAAGCAGCACUGUAGAGGAGGAUCUGUGUUCUGGACUGGAACAGGCCGUCGAUGGGGAUAAAAACAUCGUUCUGGAGGAGACCUGCACUUUACCCUGCCCUGGUGACUGUUACCUGAUGGAGUGGUCCGACUGGAGCUUGUGUGAGAGCGUGUGCGUGAAGGGACAGCGUUUGGAUUAUUCUGCAUCGCAGGUCCGGUCACGUGCCGUCGUCGCUCAGGAACCAGAAAACAUCGCUCAAUGUCCCGAUCAGGAGUGGCAGUCCCGUCCCUGCAGUGAUGGCGAGUGUUUCGAGUACAGAUGGAUGGGCAGUUCUCAGCUCAUCUGGUGUGAACGUUCAGAUGGAAUAAAUGUAACAGGUGGAUGUCAUCCGACCCUGCCGCCAGCUUCAGAUCAGUCGUGUGAUCCUCCUUGUGACAAGCCGCAGUCAUUUUGUUCAGAGGAUGGUUUGUGUGUGUGCGAGGAGGGCUUCACUGAAGUGUUGACUGCGGAGGGGCUUUUGGAGCAGUGUACACCAAUCCCAGUGCUCGAGAUCCCCACGGCAGGAGACAAGAAGGGCGAUGUGAAGACCAGCCGGGCCGUUAACCCCACCCUUCCCACAACGGAACAACCGGGCCGCGUCGGACGCACGUGGUACCUGCAACCCUUCGGACCAGACGGUAAGCUGAAGACGUGGGUUUAUGGUGUGGCGGCAGGUGUUUUCGUCCUCCUGGUCUUUGUAGUGUCCAUGAUUUACCUCGCAUGCAGGGAUUGUGCCAUCCGUCGGUCACUCGGGACGCCCGAUUCGAACGGUACUGUGGUGUGGAUGGGGCAGGAUGCUCACGAGCUGACGUACACCUGUCCUGAGUGCCAACAGUCCGGUCGAGAGUUAGAGCCAGUUAAAGGCUCCUGAUUUCCAUCCGUCCAUCACAGCCCCGCUGCCUCCGCCUCACGCUGCCUUAUGUUCUGUCUCAGCUCUGCAUGAGCCACCCGGUAUGCUGCCUGUGGUUUUAUUUUUAAACUGUCACCUAGUGAGCUGCCUACAUAGGCAACAUCAUAUUUGAAAAACAAACAUCACCUCAGAUAUGUUGAUUUUAUAUGCUGAGGUAACCACAAGAAUAAAAGUACGAAUAUAUAGACAAAAAAAAUGAAAUAGUUGCUCGUAUUGAAUGAAAUGUGUUGUUGUUUAUAAUCAAUGUUUUUCUUGAUUGGUCCGCUGUCACGAGUGAAUGACAGGAUGCAUGUGAUGUGUAAAUAAAAUCUGGCCAAAAUGAGGUGUCCUGAACCUUUUAGAGCAUGAUGCCUUAAAGAUGCGGCCUAUGUAGUAAGCUCACUAGGUUUUGGAGUGACUGACUCAUGAAAUGGAGUACCUCAGAGAUGACGUGUUGUUGUAGACCGACCCGGAAGUUCCCUCGACAGAAAGCCAAUGCAUUUUUCCCACAGCCUUCUGGAAGAUCGCAAAGAAUAAGAUCUGUGAUGUUUACACCAGUGGUUCUCAAACUGGGGGCCGUGGCCCCCUGGGGAACCCAAAGAUGGAUCCAGGGGGGCCACAGAUUUUGUGGCAUUUUAUGAAAUAUAGAAAUUUAUCAUAGAUUUUAUGCAAUCAAACAUCAGAAAAAUGACACCACCAACCAAAAGAAUUGAGGUUCCAGCAUUGUAUAACUGAAUAUGUUCUAAAUUAAAGAUUAUACAUCUUUAUAAGGGGAGCCGCAAAGCGUUGCACUUAACACAAAGGGGGCCUUACAACGAAAAUGUUUGAGAACCACUGGUUUACACGUUUUGUCUAUCAAGAUUAUCUUUACAACCCAACACAACAUUUAUUACUUUUGAGAACUAAAUACAAUCGCUAUCACCACGGCUAGAAAUAGACUACGGUCGCUCGAUGACCACCAAGGCUCCGACAACUUUUUCCAGUUUUAUUAAAAACGUGUUCCCUGAGUAAGUAAUUACUCUGUGAAUGAAUCCACAACAACGAUUUUAGAGGUUUGUGUCCAUCGUGCAUUAUUGCGCAAUUUAAAUGCGUCAUGACGUUUAACGUCCCCACCGAAGGAUGACGCUUUUAGCAACUUGUUAGCAACCGCCGUUUUUAAGACACAGAAGGGUUCAAAAGAUCACGGGCGCGUUAUAACUGGUGUGUUUUAUGUCAUAGAUUAGAAUGUGAAAAUAUUUAGAGGUAUCGUAUUUCAGGCGAUUAAUCAAAAACCCCUAAAAAACUCAUAAGCUGCAUAUGAAUUCGCUCACAAGUUCACUCAUGCACUAUUCCCUAUACAUCGAAUGCUAAAUAGUCCACUAUAGGGGGAAGAAGUGAAUGUAAAUGAUUAAACGAUUUCGGACACUGAUGUAAUAUAUCCUUAAGUUUAUUUUUAUCUUAUUUGUCACAUUUAUUGUAAUAGUUUAUAAUUAAGAGAACAAAACAACUAUUUGUCAUGUUUAUUGUAUAAAUAAGAAUGAGAAAAAAAGAAAUGUCUUAAUAGAUGUUUUAAAAGCAGUUCAUGUAGGAGAGGCUCUGAUCGUUACCGGCAGCGUAUUCCAGAGUUUAGGAGCAUAGACUGAAAAAGACCUGUCACCCAUAGAUUUCAAACAAGAAUUCGGGACGUUCAACAAUAGCUGGUCUGAGGAUCUGAGAGAUCUUUGAGGUGAAUAAAGAUUCAGAAGUUCUGGUAUAUAAGAAGGAGCAAGUCCGUGUAAAGCUUUAAAAACAAAUGUUAAGACCUUAAUAUCAAUUCUUUGCUUCACCGGAAGCCAGUGGAGGGAGGCUCUGAUGUGUGAAAUAUGGUGCCGCUUUUUUGCCCCCGUCAAAAAUCAAGCUGCAGCGUUUUGUACCAACUGAAGUCGUGAGAGUGAUGAUUGACUAAUUCCAGCAUACAAGCCAUUGCAGUAAUCAAGCCUUGAGGAGAUAAGUGCAUGAAUAACUGUCUCCAAGUCACUGAAAGAAAGGAAAGAUUUUAACUUUCGCAGCUGCUUUAGUUGGAAAAAAUCUGACUACAGAGUUUACUUGUUUAUCAAACUUCAAGUGGCAAUCAAAGAUAACCCCCAAGUUUUUUACAUAUGGGUGACUAUUUGUCUGAAGGGGCCCCAGGAGAGUACUGUAAUUAUCAAUCAGUGCUUUUGAGGAUGACCUCAGACUUUUUCUCAUUCAGCUGGAGAAAAUUUACAUCCAUCCAUUUUUUAAUAUCCUUUAAGCAGGCUAGCAAUGAAGGAACAGAAUCACUGCCAGAGUCUAAUGGCAAAUAAAACUGGGUAUCAUCUGCAUAUAUGUGAUAAGAGACCUUAUGACGCGCAAAAAUCAAACGUAAGGGGAGCAUAUAAAGAGAAAAUAAGACUGGACCCAAAAUUGAACCCUGUGGUACCCCACAUGUAAUCGGCGUUGGAGAUGAAGAAAAUUCUCCAAUUUCAACAGAUAUGCUCCUGUUUGAAAGAUAAGACUCAAACCAUACUAAUGCAGCAUCACAGAUACCAACCUCAUGUUUUAAUCUGUUUAACAAAAUGCAAUGGUCCACGGUAUCAAAAGCUGCACUUAAAUCCAACAACAUAAGUGCUACACAUUUACCAGAGUCAAUUGAUAGUAGGAUGUCAUUUGUCACUCUUAGGAGGGCAGACUCGGUGCUAUGCUUUUCCUUAAAACCAGACUGAUAGGGAUCCAAAAUAUUGUUGGAAAUUAAAUACGGAGUAAGUUGGUUUAAGACCACUUUUUCCAGGGCGCCUUAGAAAUAGGUCUGUAAUUUUGAAGAUCAGAGAAAUCCAGAUUUGUUUUUUUAAUCAGGGGGUGAACCGCCGCAUGUUUAAGACACGAUGGGACAAUGCUAUUAUACAGGGAUGCAUUUAUAAUAGACAGCACACUAGGUGAGAUAACGUCAAAAACCUCUUUAAAAAGGGUAGCAGGAAUGGAGUCAAGAGAGCAUGUGGUCAAUUUCAUGCUGGAGAUUACAGGUCAGAAAGAGAUAGGGUUUGAAAAGCAGAUAGACUGGCAGAAAUAAUCGGUGAAUUGUCCCAACAUAUGGGUGAUGAAUUUACAAUCUGGGACCUAAUACUGACAAUCUUAUUUAUGAAGAAGCUGCAAAACCUCUCACACAGAUCAACACUAGGAACCAAACCAGAUACGAUUGGAGGAUACGAACAGUAGGCGAGAAAUACCCGGAUGGGCUUCUACUUCCGCCGUGAUUCGUGAGUGUGGAUCGGAUGGACACUUCUCUAUCCCAUGAUGCCACGGGAGUUGAGCAAUGGUAAAAUUUCAAAAGUGAAUCAAAUAAAUAUAGCGGAAAACUUUAAGGCGGACGUCCGUUUUUAAUGUAAGUGCCAAAAAAAAGGAUUUCUCGUGACUAAAUGAUGUUUUCAUCAACGCUCACGCAUGCGUUGUUGUUAAUACGUCAUAGGUCAAAGAGCAUAGGGGUCGCAUGACCAUAAAACAUGGCGGAUGCAGUAUGUCCAAAAUGUAUUCAUACUACUCCCACUCUAUAUACUAUAUAGAACGUACUGUUUUAACAUCCGAUACAUAGGUACUUAUUCAAAUUCAGUACGUACUAUCACAGUAUGCGAUUUAGGACGCAGCGCAAGUGUAAAUCAGAUGUACACUCAAAAUCAGGGUGCAUUGUGGGAAAAAAGUAGUGAAUGAAUGUAUGGAAUGAGUUGUUCACUGAGAAUUUGGACAACACUACAAAAUGGCGGCCACCCGAUACAGUGCACUAUAUAGGUGAUAGGGGGCGAAUUCGGACACAGCUACAGACUUUUGGGCCGUGGAACCGGAAGUGCUAAAAUGCUAACUCAAUUUUUCGUUUUCUCAGUCGUCUUUUUAAUAUUGUAUUUCAUGAUAUUGUAUUUGUAUUAGUUGCAUGCCAUAUGUCGCCCAUGCACAGACUUGAAUGUUCUGAGAGUUACAGCCGCAUAUACAUUUGUGACUUAAACUGCCAUAAAGAUUUAAGCCUGGUUUCACAAGGCUUAUCUUAAACCCGGACUAUGUUUUAGUUGAAUUAGGACAUUUAGGUCGCUUUUAUAAAAAUGCAUUAGAAAAAAAACAUUACUAUAUCUAAUUACAUUAGAUAUAGUAGGAAUCGUAAUAUAGAGAAAUAAAAAAAUAAGUACAGAAAAAAAUAUAGAUUAUGUAUAAUCAUAAAUGCUUUGUUUUGAAUAA